CCAAGAAAAUGGGAAGUUUAAAAGAGUGCACCGACACCACCGUCUCCGCCACCCAAGCCCUUCCUCUUCACACUCUUCAUCCCCUCCGUCGCACCUUAUUCAACCGCGUGUUUGCCUCGGUUUACGCUUGUGCCAUCCUUGCUCUUGUUUAUCACCAUGUACUAACACUUUUCAACUGCACAAACGUAGCUUCUUUCUCUGUGACACUCUCUUUUUUACUCUCCAAUCUUGUUCUGGCCUUCAUGUGGGUGACCACACAGUCCUGUCAUAUGCGUCCGGUUCAUCGUAAAGAGUACCCUGAAAACCUUGAAAAAAUCAUGAAACCGAGUGAUUUUCCAACUCUGGAUGUGUUUAUUUGCACCGCGGAUCCUUAUAAAGAACCGCCGAUAAAUGUUGUGAACACGGCCUUGUCAGUUAUGGCUUAUGAUUAUCCAAAGGAGAAGGUUUCAGUUUAUGUAUCGGACGAUGGAGGCUCGGCACUCACUCUCUUUGCUUUCAUGGAGGCGGCUAAGUUUGCAAGUCACUGGCUACCAUUUUGAAGGAAGAAGAAUAUCAUAGUGAGGAGCCCAGAAGUAUACUUCAGUACAUCAGAUCAUUCUUGGUGCUCCGAGACUGAGAAGAUUAAGGCUUUGUAUGAAAGCAUGAAAUUCAAAGUAGAACAUGUUGUUGAAACUGGGAAAGUAAGCGAUGAGUACAUCAAUGGAGAUGAAGAACGUGAGGCUUUCAAUAAAUGGACUGCUGGAUUUACCCGCCAAGAUCAUCCCACUGUUAUUCAGGUCUUAUUAGAGAAUAGCAAAGACAGAGAUAUCACUGGCCAUUUGUUGCCCAACCUCAUCUAUGUAUCCAGACAGAAAAGCAAGACUUCACGCCACAAUUUCAAAGCUGGUGCCCUCAACACCCUGCUGCGAGUAUCAGCUGUUAUGACCAAUGCACCAAUAGUCUUGACGCUUGAUUGUGAUAUGUACUCAAAUGAUCCCAAAACACCUCUCCGUGUGCUAUGUUAUGUAUGUGAUUCUGCAACUCGAUCCGACUUGGCGUACAUUCAGUUUCCUCAGCGUUUUCGUGGACUUAACAAGAAUGACAUGUAUGCUAGUGAGAUCAAACUUUUGUUUGAAAUUAAUUUUCUGGGUUUCGAUGGGUUAAAGGGUCCUAAUUAUGUUGGAACUGGAACCUUUUUCCGUCGACGAGCAUUCUUUGGUGAUCCUUCAACUUUUAUGUCACCUGAAAUCCCUCAACUCCAUCCAAACCAUGCUGUGGAUAAACCCCUCAAGUCCCCAUCCAUUCUGUCAUUGGCUCACCAGGUAGCAGGCUGCAAUUAUGAGAACCAAACCAACUGGGGAUCCAAGAUAGGUUUUCGAUAUGGGUCAUUGGUUGAGGACUACUAUACAGGGUACCGGUUGCAUUGUGAGGGAUGGAGGUCAAUAUUUUGUCAUCCUGAGAGGCCAGCAUUUUAUGGGGAUGCACCGAUAGCCCUUAUUGAUUUGAUAAAUCAAUACAAGCGAUGGGCCAUUGGUCUACUUGAGGUGACCUUUUCGAAAUAUAGUACAUUAACCUUUGGUAUCCGCAGAAUUGGCCUUAUGGGUCUAUCUUAUGCUCAUUAUUCAUGCUGGCCCAUUUGGGCCAUUCCCGCCACCGUGUAUGCAUUUCUCCCCCAGCUGGCUCUCCUCAAGGGAGUCAGUAUCUUCCCAAAGGUUUCUGAACCAUGGUUUCUCUUAUACUCAUUUCUAUUCAUUGGAGCCUAUGCAAAAGACUGCCUAGAGUUUAUAUUAGAAGGUUCAACCUUCAGAAAGUGGUGGAAUGAUCAGAGGAUUUGGAUGAUAAGGGGACUAACAUGUUUCCUUUUCGGGUCCAUUGAGUACUUACUCCAGAGCUUUGGUAUUUCUGCAUCAGGUUUCAAUGUGACCAGCAAAGUACUUGAUGAUGAGCAAAGCAAGAGAUAUGAGCAAGAAAUCUUUGAGUUUGGAGUACCAUCACCCAUGUUUGUGACACUGGCAACCGCAGCAACAAUUAACUUAUUCUCAUUCUUUAAAGGGUUCUUAGACAUCAUCAGUGGAAACAACAUGGAAGGAUUAUUUUUGCAGAUGAUUUUAGCAGGUUUUCUCACGGUGAAUUGCUUGCCAAUUUAUGAAGCCAUGUUCCUGAGAAUUGACAAAGGGAAAAUGCCUACCAAAAUUACUCUCAUUUCAACAUUUCUUGCGGGGGCUCUUUAUGCAGCAGCUUCUCUCAUUUUUUAGUGACAAUAUUAAGGCUACAAUUUUACUUCCAUGCUGCAAAAAUUUAUCCUUUAGAAAUAAUCAUUGGAAAUCUAUGUUGUAUUCGUCGAUUGGCAAUAUUAUAUAUUGUUGAAUAUAAUCA